AUGCCGCUCGAUGACUACGCAUCCGCCGUUGGCGGCGGCCUCAAGCUCAAGGGCGCCAAAGUAACCAAACCGAAAAAGAAGAAGAGACGCGACAAGACCGACCUCGAAAAGAACCUCGAGACGGGCGGCGACGAUGAUGGCAGCAGUACUGCGCUGGUGAAGCACCGCGAAGAAUCAACCGGCGACGACAACGAGAAUACGUCGAAAUCAAAGUCCAAAUCGAAAAAGAACAGCAAAGAUCCCGAAGAGGACCGGGAUAACGACGACGAUGACGACCAGGGCAGUGGCCGGGUCGUGCAAAAGACGGAGGCGGAGAGGCGAUAUGAGGAGAGGAAGCGCAAGAGGCUCCUCGAACUCGCAGAAUCAUCAAGCUCCCGCCCCGAGCUCCUCAAGACGCACAAGGAACGCGUCGAGGAGCUGAAUACAUACUUGUCGAAGCUGAGUGAGCAUCACGAUAUGCCCAAGAUCGGACCCGGUUAA